CUCCACAAAUUUUAUCUCUUGUUAUUUCCGCCUCUCUCUCACACCAGAAAAUCCUUUUCCUCUUUCUGCCUUUCUCGUAGUCUUGCAUCUCUCUCACACUCACUCGUCGUGCCGCACAGAUCUUCCCACCUCGCCUUCUCCGGCAACAGCUGUAGUAGGGUACGUCUCCUUUUUUCAUCGCCCCAUCCGCCUCGCCUCUCACUCGCCGCCACCGUCUUCUCCGCUAACAGCCGCAAAAGGGAAAAUCAGCAGUAGCGUUUGCAAGCCUCGAGAAGUUUGCCUCUACAGUUGCAUCAGUCCGCCUCUCUGACCUCCGCGGCUCUGUGGAUGAUGGGUUUGGUUUCUGAAAAAUUGAGAAAUUUUUGAAGAACUCUCGACAACUGCCACAGUUUUUGUAAGCGUUUCAGUUGUUACAACUAUCAUAUUCAAUUUUAGCAGAAAAAAUUUGUGUUUUAGCGGGAAUAAGUUACCGUUUAACUGGUCUUUUAUAUAGUAUAUAGAUAGAUAUAGAUUCUAUUGGGUUUUCCCUUCUUCUUCUCUUGUUUUGCUGCCUGUGUUUUUGGAACCUCUCUUCAAGCCUCUUUUUUUCUACUGGAGUUUGUGGUGUUUGGAAAUCGAGUGAAGAGUGUGGUUUCAGCACCUUAGUUUCAUUGAAGGGUGGAUGGGAAAAGGUCGAUUUUGAUGUCGUUGAGGAUAAAAUCAGUUGUAGACAAGUUUGUGCAGGAGCUGAAGGAGGCUCUAGAUGCAGACAUACAAGAUAGGAUCAUGAAGGAGAGGGAGAUGCAAAGUUACAUCGAGGAACGUGAGCGUGAGGUUGCUGAGCGCGAAGCUGCUUGGAAGGCAGAACUCUCACGACGUGAGGCAGAGAUUGCUAGGCAGGAAGCCCGGUUAAAAAUGGAAAGGGAAAACCUCGAGAAAGAGAAGAGUGUGCUGAUGGGAACCGCAUCAAAUCAGGAUAACCAAGACGGGGCUCUUGAAAUAACCGUCAGUGGUGAGAAAUAUCGCUGCCUCAGGUUUGCAAAGGCGAAGAAGUGAGUCUUUGCUUCCACAUUAAUCUUCUUCAAGUGCAUAUGCAUCUUGGAUGGUGCACGUUGAUUUAGUUGUCCAACGAUGAGCUGUGUCGAAAUUCGUCUUCGCAAUGAAGGGAACAAGAAUAUGGACUUGGAGUCUUAGACUUUCUAGUUUAGACGUUGAUUCAUUGGUUUGUGGAAAUUCUGUGUAAAUAUCAAUUGAUAAAUCUUGGCUUCUUUCUUUCUAGUUUGUUAAAGAAAUCUAGAUUUGGUAUCA